AUCCCCACCCGGGCCCAGGCCUUGAGGUCAGCCCGCCCCGCUUCCCCGGCCCAGGGCCCGAAGCCCACCCACCAAAGCCUCUAACAGCCGCUCUUGCGCUCUCUGGUCCGUGCUAGUGGUUGGUUACCAUGGUGAAGCUGGCAGCCAAAUGCAUCCUGGCAGGAGACCCAACAGUGGGCAAGACUGCCCUGGCACAGAUCUUCCGCAGCGACGGCACCCAUUUCCAGAAGAGCUACACCCUGACAACAGGGGUGGAUUUGGUGGUGAAAACUGUGCCAGUUCCUGACACAGGUGACAGUGUGGAACUCUUCAUUUUUGACUCUGCUGGCAAGGAGCUGUUUUCUGAAAUGCUGGAUAAAUUGUGGGAGAGUCCCAAUGUCUUGUGUCUCGUCUAUGACGUGACUAGUGAGCAGUCGUUCACCAACUGCGGCAAAUGGCUGGAGAAGGCUCGGGCACAGGCUCCAGGUGGCUCCCUCCCAGGUGUUCUAGUGGGAAACAAGACAGACCUGGCCAGCCGACGAGCAGUGGACUCCGCAGAGGCCCGGGCGUGGGCACUGGGCCAAGGCCUGGAAUGUUUUGAAACAUCCGUGAAGGAGAUGGAAAACUGCGAAGCCCCUUUCCACUGCCUGGCCAAGCAGUUCUACCACCUGUACCGGGAGAAGGUGGACGUGUUCCACACACUGGUGUGAAGGGCCGGGUGGACGGUUCCACCGACGGUGCCGACCGGCAGUGAGAAGAUGGACUUGCCCCGGCACUUCCCUGUGCCAUGGCAGCUUGUAAUUAAAUGCAAACACAUAGAA